CAAUCAACUCUUGCUACCACUCUUUCUCCCUUCCUCCAUCUUUCAAUUUCUCUCCCUCUGCGGACGGUGACCUGUUCGACAUCGACUCCUGAACCCCGUCCGCCUCGGUCCCGUUCCUUCUCGACCGCCAAACUGUUUUCGCGACUUUUCAAUCUCGCCGCAUCUCCUUUCGGAACAACAGCAAUGCCUCCUCCGGUGCCCGAUCUUUCCGAUGACGAGUCGACUGGCGAGUCUAUUCCUUAUGAUGACACCUCCGCAGCCAAGAAGCAGGUCAAGGAGGAGAACGAUAACGAUAACGAUGAUGAUGAGGAGGAGGAUGAGGAGGAGGAGGAAGACGUCUACCACGUCGAGAAGAUUGUUGCACAUGAAUGGGGAAAGAAGGGCGAGCUGCUCCUCCAAGUGAAAUGGAAAGGAUAUGACGAUCCCGCCGACAUGACUCUGGAGCCAGAGGAUAACCUCGAUGGUGCAAAAGAGGCGGUCGACGAGUACUUCCGUGGACUAGGUGGUCGCCCCGAGAAGCCUCAGCCGAAGAAGCGCAAGUCCAUAGGUAGACCCCCCAAGUCUGCAACCCCCGAAAAGCCACAACAACCGAACAAGCGGAGAAAGUCUCGAGCCAACGAGUCGCCGGAACCGCAGCCUGCAGACGAUAGUGACUCGGGCUCGUGGGUACCCAAAUCGAAGAGCUGGGAGAAGGAGGUGGAGAACGUCGACACAAUCUUCCGUGAACCUGGUACAUCGAAUUUGCUUGCAAUCCUGAACUGGAAGAAUGGCAAGAAGUCCAAGGUCCUCAUUGGAACCUGCUACGAAAAAUGCCCUCGAAAAAUGCUUGAAUUUUACGAGUCCCAUCUGGUCUUCAAGGAAGGCUGAAGUACCGCGUGAAGUCUUUCCGCCUAUUUUAUACCUGGCAAACUGGGUGGAGCACGAAGGCAUCUGCCUUCCUCCUCUUUCCUCGCUUUCCCUAAUCGAUGGAAUUAGUGGCCAUGAAGCAUUGGCAACGAACCGCGCAUAUGGGUGUUCUCUGGAAGCUUCUAUGACCACUAUCUACUUUAUGACUGUAAGAUAAACCCUCUUUUGGGUAGUCCUUGAACAUGAGCAGUCAUUGAGGCCCCAGAAUGUCUCAAGAUGGAAGAGCGCUUGCACACAUCUGAAAUACAUCCCGUUACUUUCUUCUGUUGCCAUUUUCAUUAUAUUCCCGGGUCUAUCUCUGAGUUUUGUCCCUUGUUGAUCGCCUAGCGUUUCUCUGUACUUUAGUUGCACGUUAUCAAAUUUCUUUCUGG